AUGUACAUGUUAUUUAUUCACAAUCUCAAGGUGGACUCACAGGAAACAACAGCUAAUCAUAUGAAAAAAAGGGGAUUAAUGCAUGACGGGUUUGGGCUUGGGUCAGAGGAGAUGUCCAAGCACAACCUAACGUGGGUGAUGGCAAAGAUCCAAAUGGUUGUGGAUCGUUAUCCAAUUUGGGGCGAUAUUGUUCAGAUGGAAACUUGGAAAGCUGCGCACCGAAAAAAUGGUUUGUGUUCUAAUAUGACAUUACAUGAUUGCAAAACAGGCGAGAUAUUAGUAAGAGCUUCAAGCUAUUGGGUGAUGAUGAAUACAAAGACAAGAAAGUUAUCCAAAUUUCCAAAUGAGGUUCGAGCUAAACUCGAGCAAAUCUAUGUAAAUAAACCCCCUUUAGUCGAACGAGACACUAGAACAUGGUCAAGAAGUGAGGAGAAGAUUAAUGAAAACAUUUGCAAAGUUUUAAAGCCAAGAUGGAGCGAUUUAGAUAUUAACCAACAUGUGAACAAUGUGAAAUCUAUUGGGAUGAUCCUUGAGAGUGUUCCCAAGACAAUUAUAGAGAACUACGAGAUUCAUAACAUGACACUAGAUUACUAUCGAGAGUUUACAAAUGACAAUAUAUUGCAAUCCUUCACUUCUAUAUUGACGAACAACCGUGCUGAAACAUCUAAUUAUGAUACUAUUGAUUGCGAACAUUUGCUUCGAUUUGACAUCGGUGGUGAUAGUAGUAACAUCAUGAAAGGAAUGACUGGAUGGCGGCUGAAACAAGGAAAUAAGGAAAGACUCUAG